CUAACAUGGACAGCUUAUGCAGCAGGAAAUAUGGUGCAACUGCGACCAGCUACUGAAAGCCAAGAAGCUAUUGUUAGCUACCUGCCACUAAGUCAUAUUGCUGCGCAAAUGAUCGAUAUCUGGCUGUCCAUAAUGUUUGGAGGCACCACUUAUUUUGCACAACCUGAUGCACUGAAGGGCUCUUUGGUGACCACAAUGAGGGAGGUCCGUCCUACAGCAUUUAUGGGCGUGCCUCGUGUGUGGGAGAAGAUGCAAGAGAAAAUGAAAACUGUAGGAGCAAAAUCCUCGACUGUUAGGAGGAAAGUUGCCUCCUGGGCAAAAGAUGUUGGUUUAAAAACCAAUUUAAAUCGCAUGCAUGGAAAUAAUGCUGUUUCACUUAACUUCCGAGUGGCCAAUGAGCUAGUGUUUAAAAAGGUUCGCAAUGCUUUGGGAUUGACUCGUUGCACAAAAUGUUACACAGGAGCAGCUCCAAUAACCAAAGACACGCUGGAGUUCUUCCUUAGUCUCAACAUCCCUGUAUACGAGUUAUAUGGAAUGAGUGAAAGCUCAGGACCACACACCAUUUCCGUACCUGAUGCCUUCAGACUUUCAAGUUGUGGAAAGGUGAUGACAGGCUGCAGAACAAAAAUCUUCAAUCCUGAUGAUGAUGGCUGUGGCGAGAUCUGUUUCUGGGGCCGGCAUGUGUUCAUGGGAUAUCUGCACAUGGAUGAUAAGACACCUGAAGCAGUUGAUGAGGAUGGUUGGCUACACUCAGGAGAUCUGGGGAAACAUGAUGAGAAUGGAUUUCUAUAUAUCACAGGAAGAAUUAAAGAGUUGAUUAUCACUGCUGGUGGGGAAAACAUACCACCAAUUCCCAUCGAAGAUGCUGUAAAGGAACGUUUACCAAUCAUCAGCAAUGUCAUGCUGAUAGGAGACAAACGCAAAUUCCUAUCGAUGUUAUUAACACUAAAGUGCAAUGUAAACAGCGAUACUGGUGAGCCACAGGAUGAUCUGUCAGAAGCAGCAAUUCAGUUCUGCCAAAGGAUGGGCAGCAAAGCCACAAAGGCAUCAGAAAUCAUAGCCAGCAAAGAUGUUUCCAUAUACAGUGCCAUACAAGAAUGCAUCAACCAUGUGAAUGAAAAGGCUACAUCUAAUGCACAGCGAAUUCAGAAGUGGCUUCUUUUAGAAAAGGACUUCUCCAUUCCAGGAGGAGAACUAGGUCCAACAAUGAAACUGAAAAGGCCUGUUGUGUUGAAGAUGUAUAGUGACCAAAUCGAUGACUUGUACAAGGAUGCAGUAACUCCAAUCACUCCAGAUAAUCCACUUACAGCAAAUUAGACUUCAUUGUUACUACAGCAGUGAUUCACCAGCUGGAUUUGUACAUUGUUUGUCUAUAAUUUUGUUUUGCAAUGUUAACAUCAACUUUUGCAUUUCUACAUAUGUCUCAAAUAAAUGUUCAUGUUUCACAAUUGUUUUAACAAUUGUUAGAACAAGUGCUUUUUAUUAUAAAAUGCUUAGUGCAGGCAUUGUGCCAGCAUUGCAUAUGUGCUAGUUUGAAAAGUUAUUUUUCCAUACUUAAAUGUAUGCGCAUAUAGGUGAUUAAUCCAACUUUUGGUAUUUGACUUCCUAAGGUGGGAUUAUGCUGAAAUGUAGUAAACAUGAAGGGCCAGCAGCAACAAUUCUGUUUAGAGUGAUGUCACUUGGAUACAGAAUAAAAUGUUUACAAAAUCUGUGACAAAUGGCAGAUAUUCUGCUAUACAUGAUUACAGUCUCCAAAGAAGUGAUCACAUAUUUUAUAGUUUAAUUAAACCGUAUGUAGAGAUUAUUAUUCCAAGAUUUCCAUUCCUUUAAUUUUUGUACAGCAUCCCCAAAAAUUAUUUAAACAUGUCAUAUUAUUUCUUUGUUUUUAGGGCUAUUUAUUGUUCUUAAAGUAAAAUUGACAAAAUAUAUUUUUGUUUCAAAUGUACAUUUUGUAGAAGAAUUGUACAGCCCCAUUUGGAUCAGCCAAAUAAAAAAAAAUUGUUUUUAUAAAUGAAAAGUCACAAUAUAAUGUGGCAGUGCUUUAAAUUUUGUAGAAUCAUAGACUUUUACAGCACAGGAGUGUAUGCUAGCUAUCUGAAAGAAAAGAUCAGAUUCUUUCUCAGCUAUUCAUCCCCUUUGAAAAGUUACUGGAUUCUCCUUUCACUGUGGUUCUACUUGGCUACUCUCUGACACAACCAUACCCUGUAUAAUAGAUUUAUUUUUUGGUCUUUUUUAAAAUCAGUUUAAAUUUAUGCUUUAUGCCCUUUUUGACCAACCAUUAGAAUAGAAAUGUUAGUGAUUCUACAGCAGUAAGGGCCAUGGUAUCAUCUGGUUCUGCUCACAACCAAAACCUUUUUUCAUUUACUUUGAAAGAAGGGUGCCAAAGAUUUACAUAUUUUUCAUUUCUGCUUUUUAAAUUCUGAAACCAAAACCCUACGUUCAGGGAUUUUUACAGUUAUAUGUAACUUGAUCUCUUCGAAUAUUCAAGUAAACUUGUAUUUCUGCACUCCAACUUUUACAUGAAGUCAUUCUGCCCAAUUUAUCUUCAGCCUCCUGAAAUUGUUCACUGUCACUUUUGUUGUUAAAUGCUGUGUGCAAAUUUUGUAUCCUCUACACCUACGUUCAGAUCAUGUAAAUGUCACUGCUCAACUUGUUUCACUUCUCCAACCAGCACAAGUUUUUUUGUUUUUUAUUAUACUGAUACAUUAUCUCCAGUACAGUUGCCAUCAUCCUGCCAUCCCAUAGGACUGCACUCCCUUCAGAGAGAGAGAGAGACACGACUCAUACUGACUUAAUCCAGGGUCACCAUAUCUCGGGCGAAGGGAGAGGUUGCGAAGUAGAAUCCUUCCUGGUAAUCUCUCUGGCAUCACUGCACCACAGACCAGUUGUCCAGUCAACUGAGCUAACCUAUCUCAAAGACAAUACACCUUAAUUUCUACUUUUAUUUGUAAGUGCUCCAUAUUUCCAGAAAGAUGACUUUUCUGCUACAAUCAAUGUUGGUUACCCUUGACUCAAUCCAUGUCUUUUUACCAUUUUAACUUUGGAUAAAGUUUGAUUUCCACAAGCUUUAUCCACUCUUAUGUGUUUAUAGUUAAUGAUUUAUUCUUUUUCCUCUUUCUCAAUGUUACUGUUCUCCAGUACUUUAAUAUCCAUAUCCAAGGGUGUUUGAAAGAUUGUGUUCAAAGAAUGUGAUGCACUGAGCAAUAUUUAAUUCCUGUAACAUACUAAAAGGGAGAUAGUGAGAGAUUGGCCAGGGGUAUGCUGGAAUAGAUUAACAGGUAACAAAGGCAUAGAAAUUAGGUUACAGUUGCUAGCUUCAGUUGAACAGCUAAGAUCAGACAUAAAUGCAUUGGACUACAAAGGACUCCUAUGAUGUAAUUUCCAGAAUACCAUGUGUAAAAAGUACCUAAAAAUGAAAUGCUGGGACUAAAUUUUCAAAACCUUAAUUAUUGUACAUGUUUAUUUGCAACACUUAUAAUUUUGUAAGUAUGAAUUAAACCAGUUUUGAACUUUUCAGAAAUAAUGCCAACUUUGUGAAGGGGAAUGGUAUUAACCAGAGAAAAAGCAACCCAUUAGCCAUCCCAAGAUUCCUUUGGCUGCAGGGAAUAGCAUUUUGGCAGUAACUUGAUUAGGCUAUAAAACAUGGUAAAACUGGCACCUUAAUAUUCUAUGAAUGAUCUAUACAGUGGUUUUACUAGCAGUUGUUCUACAUAAAGUAUUAUGUUUUUCUUAUUGAAUUAUGAAAUGAAAAAUUUUGACUUGGUUUUCUCACCAAUUGGGAAAAUAAUAGGAAAGCAUUAUUUCUCAAUAGUAAUGUACCACAUCCAUUGUAUGCAAGAUGCCAGUUUAUAAGCUGAACACAAUCCUCAUGCAGUAUCCAACAUGGCAACAUGUCACCUGAAGUUUGUAAACAUUGCCCAAUUAACAUUUCUUCUACAUUAUCAUUUGAAAGAAUACUUCAUUGAUCUUGUUACCAGUUGUCACCCAACAUCUUAAUAUAUUUGCAACCAAUCACUACGUUAAAAAUCCUUAAAGUGUAAUUACUGCUAUUUACCACGAAUGAUAACACCCAGACUGUAUUCAGUGUAAAUAUGGAUACUGUAAUGUUUUAUUCUAUUGCUGCAGACUGUAAAUUUUGCAUGAACAUGUAAUAUGCAAUGUUGAACAAUUGCGUACUUCAAAUAAAGUUGUGAAACCAGUAA